UCCCAACAAAACACGAUAUAUUCCCCAAUUUUAGGAAAAGAUUGAUGCUAAAAUUAGACAAACGCACUAACGCACCGGAUUAACAUGGGCUCUAGAGUUCCUCUAACAACUACUCAAUUACCUUUCAAUCCUAUAGCAGGGACAAUUGGCAAUGAUGCUUUAGUGGCCGGUGGUGCGUACAAUUAUAGUAAAGCAACAACUUCUCUUACACAGAAAUUAUUGUCUUCCCCGAAGCAAGUGACUCUUGUAAGGCAUGGCCUAAGCUCUUGGAACGAUGAAAAUAGAAUUCAGGGAAGCUCAAACUUGUCGAUCUUAAAUGAAGCUGGAAUUAUGCAAGCAGAAAGAUGCAAGAAAGCUUUGGCAGAUAUACAUUUUGACCAGUGUUUCUCAAGUCCAAUUUCUCGUGCCAAGUCGACUGCUGAAAUUAUGUGGGCGGGGAGGAAAGAGCCUGUGAUCUUUCUUGAUACAUUGAAGGAGGCACAUUUAUUUUAUCUUGAAGGCAUGAAAAAUGAUGAUGCUAAGCGAAUAUAUCCAAAGGAGUACACAACGUGGAGACAAGACCCUUCCAAUUUCAAUGUAGACGGUGUUUAUCCUAUUCGCCAGCUAUGGGACACUGCAAAAAUUGCUUGGAAGGAAAUCUUGUUUUCACCCGGAGAUAAUUUUCUUGUUGUGACCCAUAAAUCAAUAUUACGGGCAUUAAUAUGCACGGCUCUUGGACUAACCCCCAAGAGGUUUCGGGCAGUUGAUGUGAAUAAUGGUGGGAUAACGGUGUUCAAGUUUAACGUGGAAGGCGAACCCAUGCUUCAAUCUUUGAACAUGACGGCUCAUUUGUACACCGAUCACACUUAUGUUUAUUGAACAUGAAGAUUUCUAUAUCACUUGUGCAUUUUUUAAAGCUAUUUUGAUCCUUUUUACCUCAUAAGUUGUCUGUUAUGUAUUAUUUUCGAUGGUAGUAAAUUUAUGUUUUCAUUA